AUGAAGUUCUUCGAGUCGCAACACGAGUUCGACUACUCAUGGGAGGAGGUCUCGACUGCAAACUGGCGCAAGUACUGCCCAUGGAACGACAAGACCACUCACGUUAUCGCCGUCGACACUAUUUCGCGUCAUGUUGACCCGACCACCGGCAUCCUCCGCACUGAACGUCUCAUCACUUGCCAGCAAUCCGCUCCUAAGUGGCUCAGCUCCUUCCUUCCUGGCGCCGAAGUCUCGCAAGUCUACGAAACCUCCUACGUCGACCCCUCGGCCAAGAAGGUUACCAUGUGCAGCAUGAACAUGACCUUCAACGACCUCCUCUCCGUCCGCGAAACCGUCGUAUACCGCCCCUCUCCCGCCGGCCCCAACUCUCGCACAAUCUUCCAGCAAUCCGCCCAGAUCACCGCCUUCUGCGGCGGCUGGCAAAGGAUCAAGAACAGUAUUGAGGAGUUCACUGUCGAGCGCUUCAAGCAAAACGCCGUCAAGGGUCGCGAAGGCUUCGAGGCCGUGCUCGAGAUGAGCAGAAAGGUCUUUGCCAUGGAAAGAGAACGCCAGCGCCUUGCCAUCGCCGCAUAA